AAGAGGUGCAUCCAAGUAAACACAUUGUAGGAAACGAAAACGCUCGGCCCGAGUCCGGCCCCAAAUCCCUGGCUUCUGUCUUGCACGAAGGCUCUUAAUUCAAUUACAGAGAGCAAAUAGAGCGCACACGAUUCACCAGCUCGCCGCGCAGGCCACUACAUUGCGUACCGCUAGUACCACUCUUUGCAGACAUUCAGCGUGUGCGAUCCCGAGUGCAAAUCAAACACCAAUGAGAACAGCGCGACACUUGUUUACAUCGGCAUUUUCUUUUCGGUAAUUUAUCGCUAUCACUUGCUACGGCAAAUAUGAAUACGAACUCAACGGCAACGUACGAAACAAGUGAUACCGAUGGUCCUAGCAUAAGUAUCGGUACGGUCGUGUCCGUAACGGAAGGAGUCAUUGUCAAGCGAAACACGGAUCGCUCGGACAAUCUGUACUUUCUGUUCAUCCCGCUGGCCGUCCUGGUGACCGUGGUGCUGCUGUCUGUGAUUGUUUACCUGAUGGCAAGACGGCGGCAUAAAAUCCUGCCAAAGUACAGCUACGUUCCGAGCUUUAGCUUCGAAUCGUCCGAUCUAGACGACGAUCGAGAGGAGCGUGAGACGGAUUAUCUACUGAAGGGUGCAAAGUUACGCAUCGGGAACGUGCCUCACCACACCGAUAAAUCGAUCUACGUUAGUUCUUCAUCUGCUGGCAGAUACAACAGUAGUCCGGAACUCUUUGCUUAAUACAAUUAGUGUGUACACGUGUUCUUAAUGAACCGUUCUAGUUUUGAAAGUGUUGAGUGAGUUUGAUGUUCGUGGAAAUCUAGAUGGAUGGUCUCAGAAUUAGGUGUUGGAUUAAGUGUAAUAGCAAAGCAAUACGAAUGAAGGUGCAUAACUUAUGCUGCAUCUCGAUGGCAGGAGCGUGAAUCCCAGGAUCCCGUAGGAUCCAAUCGUAAUUAUGUGAUAUAUCAUUUGCCAUAUAAACAGGAAUAGGAGGUGUUUUGUGCAUUUUGCGCUCCGGCACCCAUAUACAUUUACUUAUGUACACAGUGGUCACAAUAAAUGCUAACUUCA